GCUUAUUUAUUGCUGCGGUGGCCGGUGAGGCGCGGGUCGGCGUAGCCGCUAGGCUCGACUCGCAGUCACAAUUGCUGUUCCGAUAGCACAAAGCCGCCAUCGCAGGCAGCUCCAUACUGUCUUCCCAGUCUCCGUUACUGCUGCUAUCCGGCACGCGCCGGGGGUCAGGCGGCACAGGGAAAGUGCCGUGCCUGGUCACAGGACACUGGACGUCGUUGGGGAUCCGGAGAUGGAAGAAGCAGAUGGGAGCGGAGGAGGCAUCCGCUCCGUGCUGCCUCUCGGCUCGCUCAUCUCUCCGUCCGGGAACGAGGUGGAGCUCCCGGAGCUAGACGGCAAGAUCAUCGGCCUAUACUUCGCCGCCAACUGGUACCCCAAGUGCGAGGCCUUCACCCCGGCGCUGGCCGCCGCGUACGAGCAGCUCAGGGCGCGCGGCGCCGGCUUCGAGGUCGUCUUCGUGUCGUGCGACGAGGACCGGCCGUCCUUCGAGCGGUUCCACCGCGCCAUGCCGUGGCCCGCCGUGCCCUUCGGCGACCUCCGCUGCAAGAAGAGCCUCAGCGACAUGUUCCAGGUCGAGGGCAUCCCGCGCCUGGUGGUGCUCGCCCCGGGCGGCGCCGAGGUCGUCUGCUCCGACGCCGUCGAGCUCGUGCACCGCUACGGUGACCCGGCGUUCCCGUUCACCCCGGCCAGGGUGGCGGAGCUGGAGGCCGACGAGCGGAGCAAGUUCGCCUCCCAGACGCUGGAGAAGCUCUUCUCCGUCGGCCACGUCAACGGCGGCGACGAACAGCUGCUGGCCUCACCGUGGCUAAGGGCUGCAGGUCCCCAUCUCGAGCCUGGUCGGGAAGACGGUGGGGCUCUACUUCUCGGCGCACAGGUGCGAGCCGUGCGUCAAGUUCACCGCGAGGCUGGCCGCCAUAUACGGCAAUCUGAAGGGCAAGUCGGCGGAGUUCGAGGUGGUGUACAUCCCCAUGGACAAGGAGGAGGAUGGGUACGAGCGGUCGCGCGGCGACAUGCCGUGGCUGGCGCUGCCCUACGACGGCGAAGGCGUGCCGUCGCGGGCGCUGGCCAGGUACUUCGACGUGCGGGAGAUCCCGACGCUGGUGGUGAUCGGGCCCGACGGCAAGACGGUGACGAGGGACGGGAGGAACCUGGUGAACCUCUACUUCGACAUGGCGUUCCCGUUCACGGAGGAGCAGGUGAGGCGGCAGCAGGAGCUGGAGGACGAGGCGGCCAAGGGGUACGCGCCGUCGCUGCGCCACGCCGGGCACCGGCACGAGCUGAGCGUCGUGUCGGAGAAGUCGGGCGGAGGGCCGUACGUCUGCUGUGAGUGCGACGAGCAGGGGUUCGGCUGGGCGUACCAGUGCAUCGCCUGCGGCUACGAGAUACACCUCCGGUGCGGCCGGGACGUGGAAGACGGCGGCGCCGUGGGAGCUGGUCAGUAGGCCGGAGUACGGGACCGUAUUGUAUACCAUUAAUCUGAAUGUUGUGCGUGCGUGCUCUGGAAAAGGUCAUGUUGCUAUGACGAGAAAUGCCCAGUGUGGACUUGCUCUUGGCAAGUCUGAUGAUAGUAGAAUAGACGAGAAAUGCGCAGUGUAGCUUGGUCACGGCUAGCUAGCUGCAACAGAAAAGCAUCGCUGAAUUUGGGCUUCUACUUGUUUUGCUUCUCUUUUUAAUCUGCUCACCCAACGAUCAUUUGAUACUA